CUACUCUAGGGAGAGAGGAAAAGGAAAAAGUGAAAUCUGAUGGAGAAGAGUGUUCCCCCCCCCCGCCCCCCAAAGAUUCUGGAUGUCCUGAUAAACCAGCCCUAAUAGAAGAUUAAAGUUGUGGGAAGUAGUGACAGCCGAGAAGAGCAGAGGAUUACUUGCCAGGUGGAGACCCUUCGCGGUCUAUUGGGUCUCCCCUUCUGCGUGCAUGUGUGCGCCAGCGGCGGCGCGCGGUGCGGGGUUUUGCGCGUGGAGUCUCAGCUUGGAGCCGAGUGAAUGGCCCCCAGGGGCCGCGCGGAGCUGCCGCCUCCGCCGCCUCCACCGCCUCCACCGCCUGCGCCUCAACAGGUCUGGCUCUGGCCUGGAAAGAUGCUAGCUAUGGGUGCUCUGGCAGGCUUCUGGGUCCUCAGCCUCCUCACCUAUGGUUACCUGUCCUGGGGCCAGGGUUUAGAGGAUGAGGAAGAAGGGUCCCUGCGAGUUCAAGCUGGAGAAAGACCCGAGCCCAGCACAACUGCCACCUCUCAGCCCCAUCUCAUUUUCAUCCUGGCGGAUGAUCAGGGAUUUAGAGAUGUGGGUUACCAUGGAUCUGAGAUAAAGACACCCACUCUUGACAAGCUCGCAGCUGAAGGAGUUAAACUGGAGAAUUAUUACGUCCAGCCCAUUUGCACGCCAUCCAGGAGUCAGUUCAUUACUGGAAAGUAUCAGAUACACACAGGACUUCAACAUUCUAUCAUAAGACCUACCCAACCCAACUGUUUACCUCUGGACAAUGCAACCUUACCUCAAAAGUUGAAGGAGGUUGGAUAUUCGACACAUAUGGUUGGAAAAUGGCACUUGGGUUUUUACAAAAAAGAAUGCAUGCCCACCAAGAGAGGAUUUGAUACCUUUUUUGGUUCUCUUUUGGGAAGUGGUGAUUACUAUACACACUACAAAUGUGACAGCCCUGGGAUGUGUGGCUAUGACUUGUAUGAAAAUGACAAUGCUGCCUGGGACUAUGACAAUGGCAUAUACUCCACACAGAUGUACACACAGAGAGUGCAGCACAUCUUAGCUUCCCAUAACCCUGCAAAGCCUAUAUUUUUAUAUAUUGCCUACCAAGCUGUUCACUCACCCCUGCAAGCCCCUGGCAGGUAUUUUGAGCACUACCGAUCCAUUAUCAACAUAAACAGACGGAGGUAUGCUGCCAUGCUUUCUUGCUUAGAUGAAGCAAUCAACAAUGUGACUCUGGCCCUAAAGACAUAUGGUUUCUAUAACAACAGCAUUAUCAUUUACUCUUCAGAUAAUGGCGGCCAGCCAAUGGCGGGAGGAAGUAACUGGCCUCUCAGAGGUAGCAAAGGAACAUACUGGGAAGGGGGAAUCCGGGCUGUUGGAUUUGUGCAUAGCCCACUUCUGAAAAACAAGGGAACAGUAUGUAAAGAACUUGUGCACAUCACUGACUGGUACCCCACUCUGAUUUCCCUGGCUGAGGGACAGAUCGAUGAAGACAUCCAACUAGAUGGUUAUGAUGUCUGGGAGACCAUAAGUGAAGGCCUUCGCUCACCCCGAGUAGAUAUUUUGCACAACAUUGACCCUAUUUACACAAAAGCAAAAAAUGGCUCCUUGGCAGCAGGUUAUGGGAUCUGGAAUACAGCCAUCCAAUCAGCCAUCAGGGUGCAGCACUGGAAACUGCUCACAGGAAAUCCUGGCUACAGUGACUGGGUUCCCCCUCAGUCUUUCAGCAACCUAGGGCCAAACCGGUGGCACAAUGAACGGAUUACCUUGUCAACUGGCAAAAGUAUAUGGCUUUUCAACAUCACAGCUGACCCAUAUGAAAGGGUGGACCUAUCCAGCAGGUAUCCAGGGAUUGUGAAGAAGCUCCUACGGAGGCUGUCACAGUUCAACAAGACUGCAGUCCCUGUCAGAUACCCUCCCAAAGAUCCUAGGAGUAACCCACGGCUCAAUGGAGGAGUCUGGGGACCCUGGUAUAAAGAGGAAAGCAAGAAAAAGAAGGCAAGCAAAAACAAAGCUGAGAAAAAGAAAAAGAAAAGUAAGACAAAGAAGAAACGGCCCAAAACACGUUCAUCUCCAAAUUGCUAUUCAGGUGUUAUUCCUGGAUAACUACAAAUAGUUCCAGUUUGGUUAAACUUAAAAAUUCUUAGUCUUUCACCUGUCUGCUAGGUAAACCAGCAAAUUUGGCUCAGAAAUAUCACUGCCAUAAACACAGGGCUCAUUUUCAUGUUGUACCAGUCCAGAGACUUUUGCCACAUGGAAAAUUGUCCAGCUCCAUGCCAAAGGUACUGACUGCUUCUGCAAGCCACACUUAGAGGCCAUGGAGAUGUUUAUUUCUCUGGAUCCUUUAUAAAAGGUGGUCAGUCUUGAGUUUAACUGCUGUGCUUCCUUCAGUUGACCAAACACAAUGCUUUACAUUAUAAGUGGGAGCAAUGAUCAGCAAUUGAGGAGCAUGCUGAUUUGAUGGAAAUGACAGGGUAGCAUGAUUUUAAAACUACUUUUGAUAUAGGUAAAGAUUGUGUCACCUCAAAGGCCUCAAGAAGAUAUUUUCAUAGUGAAUUUUUGUAUCUCUAUCAUAUGACACUUGAGUUUUAACAUUAAUUCUAUUUCAUGUAUCAUUUCCUUGCCUGUGAAAAUAAGCUGUUUUUCUUACAUGUGAACAGCUUGCACCUCAUUUUAUCAUGCAUGAGGAAAUGGCAAAUAAGAAUGUUUGAGCACACUGCCAAAAAUGAAUGUAACUAUUUUCUAAACACUUUAAUAGAAUAACACUUCAAUAUAAAGUGCAUAAUUUAUUUUUAAAGUAAAAAUAUUUUGUUUUCAUAAAAGAUAUGCAAAUGGUUUUAAUUAUUUUAUUUUUAUUUUCUGCAUACCAUUAGAAUAAUUUUAUUUCAUUUCUUCAAGAUUACCAAGCACUGUUAUACAACAAAUUACUGUAGUACUGUGUAAAUACAUAGAAUAUAAAAAGAAAAUUUUCAGAAAAAAAUUAUAAUCAAUAUGUUCAAUCAUUAUUUUGAAUGUAAUAAGAUGAGUAUAGUCUUACAAAUUAUUUGGAAAGUCAAUGUGCAGAGCUGAUACAUCUUUAUUGUUUCUACCAUAAACUAUUUAUGUAUAUUAAUUAUUAAAAUGAUUUAUUUUAUGA